AGGCGUGUCCUUACGUAUUAGUUCUGUCAGGACAAAAUGGCGGUCAACAACGUUGUGCUCUGUGCUUGCGUCUUUUUGGCGUUUUUUGCCGUCUGUGAUGCGUACGGGACCGGUGCACCCGACACGGCUUGUGUGACCAUGCAUCCCGGGCAUAUGUUCAACGCUACCGCCGCCGUUGUACCGCAGACGUCCGCUAGCCCGUAUUCUAUCGUAGUGGAGGGGGACAAGUACACUCCAGGUUCUACCUUCUCAGUUCAGAUCGUGGGGCCGGUGUUCCGAGGGUUCCUGCUCCAGGCCCGCCGACCUGGGUCCACCACACCCGUCGGUACCUUCUCCAACGCUCCGGCAGACACCCAGACUACUGAGUGUACCACUGCCGACAGUAGCAUGACUCAUGCAAGCCCUGGACAGAAGCAGAACAUCACUCUGACCUGGAACGCUCCCUCUACUGGCGUCGGCAAUGUGCAGUUUGUUGCCACCGUCGCUGAGAUGAAGGUGAAGUAUUGGAUGGACGUUACGUCAGCACAGGUGGCACAAGGUACGACCAGUGGAGCCAGCUUCGCCAAGCCGACUUUUUACCUCAUCAUGGCUCUCUGCCUUCUGCAAGCGGCACUUUUCUUGAAGUGAAGAUUGUCACCAGUCACCAAGAUUGUAGUUUUGUUCCACACGAUAGUUUUUGCCUUUAGAUAGAGCCAAACGUUGGUAGUGUAUGUAUGCAUAACGUAAUUCAAGCAUUAGGAAGUCCAUAUUUGGGGAUAUUGUUAAAACGUGACGUCACAGCGGCCAUGUUGGAUUUUUAAAAUGAAGGAGUCAGACCUACACAUUUUCAUGUGUAUCAUAUGAGUGUAAUUACAUAUACAUGUAUGCAAAUUCAAAUAUACAUGGCAACUACUUGGGUUAACCAUAUGCAAAUUCAAAUAUACAUGGCAACUACUUGGUGUAACCAUACAACAUGGCGGACAGUACUUACGUCAUUGUCACGUGAGUCCCAAUACAAUGAAAUAGUCAUGGACACAUGCACAGAGGGGAUGGAACAUUGAUAGGUUUCGCACAGCACAAAUUAUUUUAUACCAAGCUACAGAAACAUUAUUUGAUUAUUUGUUUUAUACUGUUGUCGCAUAUUUUGGCAUCUGCAUACUUGCAGUACCACUUGCUAUGCAUGAGGGCGCUCUGUUUAGGUACAUGUUCUGUAAUUAAAAAUAAUAAAUAAAUAAUGUUGCACGAAAACUGA